AUGCUAGGAUGUAGAGAUCUUCCAGCCCCCGAUUUCCACGAGGAAGACCCAGAUUCAAGACCCGCGGGAGAGGAAGUUCCUCCAUUCGGUAUGGUGUGGACACGGGCUGAAACACGCCUACGAGUCCCUUUCACAAGCCUAGAAGAGAGAGGUCUGGACUUCUGGGACCUGACAGUAGUGAAGACCUGGGUUGGAUGGAAACAUCUAUAUAAGAUCCUGGCGUCGACGUCGUGUUUACUUGACCUGAACAUGAUCCUGCGGGACCUAUCUGCUUUCAACAUGGGAAGAGGAGCUUACGAUACAACUGGCGUGAAGAAGCCCGGCGUGCCUCCACCACCACCGAAAUAA